GCUCUCAGUGGCCAUCGUGCUGCCCGUCAACUUCUCAGGAAAUCUAUUGGAGAAUGAUGCCUACAGUUUUGGACGCACCACUUUAGCCAAUCUGGAUGCCAAUAACAUGCUCCUGUGGCUCCACACCACCUUUGCGUUCCUCUACCUGUUGCUGACCGUGUACAGCAUGAGACGACACACCUCCAAGAUGCACUACAGAGAGGACGAUCUGGUGAAACGCACUUUAUUUGUCAACGGGAUCUCCAAGUAUGCAGAGGAGAAGCACAUCAAGCAACACUUUGAACAGGCCUAUGAAAACUGCUGUGUUCUCGAGGCUCGUAUCUGCUACGACGUGGCCAAGCUGAUGUCGCUCAACUCAGAAAGGAAGAAGACCGCGGCGUAG